UUGCUUUCUUUGCUUUCUUUGCACCACUGCAUUCACACAUUCACACAUCACUCAUCUUAUUCUCUUUGUUUUAUUCUCACUCUCACUCUCACUCUCAGACUCUUUCUCUUUCAAACAUCAUGGCCAAUCGCUUAGCUCAGAUCGGAUCUCACCUCUUGCCUUCAUCACCCUCGAUCCAUACAAAGAUCGGUACCAAGUCUCCUGAUGACGUUGUUGUCGUCGAUGCAGUACGCACACCCAUGGCACGCGGAAAGAAGGGUGGAUUCAAGGACACUGUCCCUGAGGAUCUUUUGGCAGCAGUUUUGAUUGCUAUCAAGGAUCGUACCAAGAUCGACCCUACAUUAGUAGAUGAUAUCUGUGUGGGAACAGUGUUACAACCAGCUGGAGGGGCCACAGUCUCGAGAAUGGCAGCUCUUUAUGCUGGAUAUCCUGAAAAGACUUCCAUUUACACAACGAACCGACAGUGCUCCUCAGGUUUACAGGCUGUUGUGAAUAUUGCGACUCAUAUUCAGGCAGGACUCAUUGACAUUGGUAUCGGCGCUGGUGUUGAGUCCAUGACGAUGGGUUAUGGUCCCUCUGCCAUGCCUAGUCAGACGUCCGAGAAGAUCCCUCAGGCUAGCAAGGCUGCCGAGGAGUGUAACCUUCCUAUGGGAAUCACAUCCGAGAACGUUGCUAAAGAUUAUGGAGUCGAUCGCAAACGCCAGGAUGCAUUUUCUGCUACAUCAUACCAGAAGGCCGCUUUGGCCCAACGCCAAGGCAAAUUCGAUAGUGAGAUCGUCCCGGUUAAGACAACGAUUGUGGAUGAAAAGACGGGAGAGACAAAAGAGAUUGUCGUUUCCAAGGAUGAAGGCAUCCGUGACGGCGUCACUGAAGAGUCUCUUUCGAAGCUCAAGCCAGCUUUUGGAGGUUGCACCACUGCUGGUAAUGCAUCCCAGGUCUCAGAUGGAGCAGCGGCUGUCUUGUUGAUGAAGCGAAAGACAGCUCAGAAACUUGGCUUGCCUAUUAGGGCCAAAUAUGUUGCUUCUGCUGUCGUAGGUUGUCCUCCCAGGAUCAUGGGCGUUGGUCCCUUGUAUGCUAUCCCUGCUGCGUGUAAGAAGGCUGGAAUCGAGAUCAAAGAUGUAGAUGUUUUUGAAUUGAAUGAGGCAUUCGCGUCUCAGGCGGUCUAUGUGAUCGAUGAGUUGGGAUUAGACAAGAUAAAGGUUAACCCUCUGGGCGGAGCCAUUGCCAUGGGUCAUCCUUUGGGAUGCACUGGGGCUCGUCAAAUUGCCACAUUGAUUCCUGAACUAGAGCGUCAGGACAAGAAAAUUGGACUGACCACAAUGUGUAUCGGCACAGGCAUGGGAAUGGCUGCUGUCUGGGAACGCGAGUAAAAAAAAUUUUUUUUUUGCUGCCUUAAGGAUCCAACAAUUUCCUUCAUGGGCUUCAAAGUGUGUUAUUUGCAAUAAAAAUGCAUCCUCAAU